UCAAAAAACACUUCAUCACGUUUGUCGUUUUUAUAUUUGUUUUUUUUUUUUUCAUCUCUUGUUUGAAAUGGUUUAUGUGGCUAUGACCCGUCUCCCGAUGGGCGGCAUCCAAGGAACUAAUCUAUCCCGCCGGAACUUUCUGCGCGAAAACCGGAUGAUGGUGAGCCAGGUGUCUCCAAACUACCAGAUGCCCACGGCAUCCUCGUUGGCCAGGUGCUGUGGACCAGUUAAACAAGUGUUGGCCACCGGAAAUCGAAGAAACCUUGUGCCCAAUCGACGGAAUCUUGCCGAGAAACAGAUCCAAACGGAGGACAUCAACGACGAGCGUUUUCUUAGUGCCGCUUUGCGCAAAUGCUCGGAGAAGACCCAAUCCCAAGUCGAGUCCCGCAGCGAGGGCGACGAGCAGCCUGUGAUCGGCAGGGGAGAUCAUUCCCUGCCGGAAGGCCCACGUCUGCGACGCACUGCGUCCAAUUUCGAGCUGGGCAGAGUGCCGGAGCAACGCGAUUGCUAUCGACCGGGGCAGUAUACACUGCAACGGCCGUUAGCCACGUUGCUCGACAAUGUGCCCAGCUGCUCGUUGUUUCGAAAACAGGAAGACGAGGUGUCAUCCAGGCCAAGUUCCCCAAGAGUUCGGCAAAUGGACAUUCCGGAGGUGGUGGACGUGGAUCCGGAGGACAUGCUCAGUGUCCAUUCCCAGGCAUCCUGUGAACAGCUGCCUGUCUUAGAGCCGCAAACUGCAGAGAAUGAGUCCUACGCAGAGAUGGAUACCCAGCCACAGCCGGAAAACGAGCACAUCCUGCUGUCCAGUGAACAGCGCAGGCAACUCUUAGAUGCCGCCCGUGAACGGCAAAACAAACUGAUCGACGAGUACAACCGAUUGCCCCUUUCCAUGGGCACUCUGCGAGUGCGCAAUCUGAAGCGAAAUCUGGAGCAGCAGUUGGACCUGGUGGACCACGAUCUUCAGAAGCUUUCACUGACAAAGGUGUACUGGAAACAGGAGACCGUGAGUGGAGUACUUGCAUUAUAAAAAUUGUAAAAAAUAAUAAAUGUUUAGAUAAAAGUA